AUGUCUUAACUGUCUUCUGUGGAGAGAACGACAAUGAUUGAAUUAUUUUCAACAUUUUUUGAUCGCUUAAGUUCUCAUAAUCCAUAGCGUGAACAAAUGCUAAAAUCAUUGUAUCAAUUUAAAGCAUUAUUGUAUGCUAAUGAUGCUGGAAUUGAAAAAUAUUUACAUGAUCUAUAAGGAUAAAAAUCACCUUUAAAAAGAGAUAGUUCAUAAACAAAAAAAUCAAGUAGCAUCAGAAAAGAAUAAGAGGCAAUAUCUCGUCAUUUAAAAAGAAAAACAUUAGGAUGUGGACAUGAGAUUGAAGCCAUGGAUUAAAGUGGAGAAUGUAUAAUUUGUUGUGGAUAAUCAGUAAAUUUAAUGAUGAUUAGUAGCCAUUUGAUGAAUUUAAAUAGAAAUGCUCAAAUGUCUUCAGAGCUAUAUAGUAAUUGGAUAAUGAUGACUUUUUCAAAUGUUUACAAUCAUUGGAUGUAUACUUAAAUAAUUACCUCAGGAUCCAUUAAUGACAUCAUUAUCUAAACAGAGAUGCCAAUCAUCCACUGGUGAAUUAUUCAAAGACCCUAUGAAUUAUUCAAGACUAGCUGAUUAAUAAAUUUAAUAGAUCAUAAGAAAAUGCCUUAGAUGUAAUAAAGAUGUAUAAAACCAUGAUUCCAAAAAUAUUAGUUACUUCUGUAAUUCUUGUAAAAACUUUUGA